GACUUCCUGAUUGUCGAAGCGCGCGAUGAGCUAGGUGGAAGGACACAGAAUUAUGCUAUUGGCGUCCCUGGAAAGCAGUACAACAUCGAAGCCGGUCCUAAUUGGAUCCAGGGAACGCAAACUGGCAGUGGGUCAGUUAGUCCCACUCUGAUAUUCACUCGAAAGCACCACAUCAAGAACCAGUAUAAUAACCUU